AUGCCACCUCGUACAGAUACCAAUGGAUCAUCAUUGCCUAGAGCACAAGGAUCUUCAUCUACAAGUGCAAUUUACCCAACAGACAGCGUUCAAGAUGUCGCAGAAUCACUAAGUCUGCCUCCGUUAAAGGAUUCUGUUGCAUCUGUCUUGGCUUUAGAUGUGGAAUAUCGUAUCAGACAGAUUGUACAAGAUGCAAGCAAAUUCAUGCGACACGGCAAACGAUCUCAAUUACGUGUGGCUGAUAUUGAUAGAGCACUACGACAAAGAAACAUCGAGCCAAUCUUUGGCUUUCAUCCAACCACAUUGGGAAAAGCAAGUGCAUCAGGAGCAUAUCCUACGCCUGUUGGAUCGACAUUCAGAAGGGUAAAAACACAGACAGGGCCUAUCCACCUCGUAGCAGACGAAGAGAUCGACUUGGAAAAGGUAUUGGACACAACUCCAAAAGUUGCUCUAAGUCCGGGUGUGGGAUGGUCAGCACAUUGGCUUGCAGUCGAAGGCGUUCAACCUGCUAUUCCACAAAACCCAGUCUCUGUCACACAAGCUAAUGGUGCCAUGACGGCAUCUACCUCUACCGCUGGUCCAAGUAUGGUACAGCCUGGUGGUGCAUCAGCCUUUUUGAAUACGCCUUCAGCAGGUCUAAGUGGUGGAAAGCCAGGUCAACCGGUUGCUAAACCUUUGAUCAAGCAUGUACUCUCAAGAGAACUGCAACUGUACUUUGAACGCAUCACAACCUCAAUUCUGGAUCCACCUACAGAUGCAGAUAUUUCCGAAAGUGCAAAGCGACAAGAUGCUGCAUUGGCAAGUCUACGUGGAGAUCCGGGAUUGCAUCAACUCGUUCCAUAUCUCAUCCAAUGGAUCAAUGAAAAGGUACAAAAUGGAUUACGUGACGAGAAGGUACUAGAGCCAAUGCUGCAUACCAUUGACGCUCUGAUUUCGAACAUCUACUUAGGUAUUGAACCUUAUGUGCACCAACUAUUGCCAUAUGUCAUCACGAUUUUGAUCACCGCUUCUUCGGGACAUUCGCCUGACCCUUCAAAGGUGUAUGUCCUUCGUCUGUAUGCCGCUUCAAUCUUAGCAAGGUUGAUCCAACAGUACAGCUCUACCUAUCCUACGCUCAAACCACGUAUCGUACGUACGAUUGUGACAGCUUUGGACGCCGGACCAAGAGAAAGUGCGGCAACAAAGUUAGGAGCAAUAAUUGGUUUACGCAAUUUAGGCGCAGGUUCAUUACGUGCGAUUCUGGUGCCUGAUGGAGAAUUUGCUGGAAAGGAAGAUUGUUUGUUGAGAAGACUGGGUGAUUGGUGCUCGGAACGUGCACAAUCAUCUCCAGUUGGAAAAGAGGAAGUGGAUUUGAUCGUAGAAGAAUUGAAAGCUUCAUUCGCUGAAGUUGCGAGCAAGAUGCGUGGUGCCGUUUCUAUUUCAGAUGCUGCUGAUGCUGUUCAGCAAGCGGAAGUGCAAACACGUUUGGGAACAUUUUGGACAAAUGCAUUCUCUCAAGAUCCUGAAUCAGCUCGAGGUGUUUUAGCUCUACUCUCUGAACUUCAACAUUUGAAAGCCGCUCAAGAUCAUUCUUGA